AUGAUGAUGGAUGACUCCAACGCCGAUCGAGGCAAUCGCGCGUCUCUGCGUGAACAGCUUGCCUUCUUAGCAUUGACGAAUGCAAUCGAUAACUGGAACUCUCAGUGUCCCGGGCUCGCUACUCAGCUGCUGAACGACAGUGAUCAACGCCUCAUAUCCGAAUGCUACAAGGCUCACUUGAUGCCGACGGCGCGUUCCUUUUGGUGGAAUGGAGAGAACGCCAACAUAGCCACGUCUAUACUUCUCCCUGAGAUGUAUCCUCUGCUCGAGGACAAUUAUUGGAAGCGUAGCAGAUUAAAGGCUACCGACAUUCUCAGAACCUGGCGUAAAGACGCUGCCAGCCUCUUACCAUUUGACGAUGUCGAGGACGAAGAGCUUCAAAACACACUUGUUGAAGAAAGAGAGGAAGACUCUGUCGAAGAGGACAGAGACGUCCGAAGUCUUUCCCGCUCCCUACAGCAGUGUGGAAUGAACGACCGACACGAUACAGAAGAAGACACUGGAGACGUCAUUUUCGUUACAGAAGGACCCGCGCCAAGUAAGAAGAGAAGGGCGGAGAGUCCGUUGAGCCCAGUCAUCACACCGAAGAGAGCGAAGCAUCAUCAAUCUGUCGUCAAGUCCGUUCACGACGUCGAGAGCUCCGACGACGACAUCAUUGUACGCCGCCGACGGCCCCUUGCGAGGUCUGCAGGUCUUCCUAGAGUAUGGCCCGCUGGCACGCUCAUCACACCUCCUCAAAGCGACGGAUCUUCACCCACGAUCUUAAUCGACUCUGAGAGCGACGACCAAGAACCCCUCACGACAAGCAGACGUCGUGUUACCUCGACUGACUCGGACAGCGAUGAUCAAGAACCACUUUCGAUGGGAAGACGUCGAGGCCGUCGUCUUUUCAAACGCAAGCAAUCGCCCAAGCCUUGGAUGGAGCGUCCGUCGCCACUCGGUCUCUCUCCCAUCCGAACCGUCGCGACUACCGAGCCAGUCGAAGCGCCCGAGGAGAAACACAACUGUGUUGCGGCCCUCGAGGACCUUUUUGAUUCCGUCGAUAGAUCCCGUGAUCAGUUCACGGGAGAGGAGUGGGAGCAGGCGGAUCGUCAACUGAAAGAGAUGGGGAAGCGGAUGAAGAGAAUGAGCAAGAUGGCCAAGACUAAGAGAAUGGAAAGAAGUCCUUAG